GAAUUUUCCCAAAAAAACCUAAAACCCUAACUAACCUAUUUAAACACCCCUCGGCUCAACAAUCACAUCCAUUCUCUGUCUUGGUCACAAUCUUCUCUGCUUUCUCGCAUCGCCAAAACCAAAAAGUGCUUCUCCCUUCCACGAUUUCGAUCUUAAUCUUACCGUGGAACCGUUUGUGAAUGGUGGAAACGAAUCCGAUUGGUGAUAAGUUUACUUUCCCCCUUCACAUCCAAAGAGCAAGCUUCCUCCUCCCCCUCUCUUCUUCCUCUGCUUUCUCUUUCGGUUCCUGCAAAGAAGGCUGGUACUUUCGCUGCCUCGGCCUCGACCCGUGAAUCUCAAUCUCAUCAACAAACCCUAGUUUCAUCUCGUAAAUUUAGUGUUUUAUUUCUGUUGAAAUUUUUUUCGAAGAUGUUGCUCUACAACAAGCAGAAGAAGAACGCUAAGGGAAACAGAAUCCUUAUCAGCGUUACCGUUCUCGGUAGCGCCGGUCCGAUCCGGUUCCUUGCGUACGAAGAAGAUCUCGUAGCUUCGGUUAUCGACACUGCUCUCAAGUGCUACGCUCGUGAAGGUCGCCUUCCUCUUCUCGGAUCCGACUUCAAUGAUUUCAUUCUCUAUUGUCCCAUGGUUGGACCUGAAUCUAUGAGCGCGUGGAAAGGUAUUGGAUCGCUUGGUGCAAGGAACUUUACUCUGUGUAGGAAGCCAGAGGAGAAGAAUAAGGUGGUCAAGGAAGGUGAUGUUGCUAGAAAAGGAGGAAGCUUCAAAGCUUGGAUCAACAAGUCCUUCAGUCUCAGAGUAUUGGCUGUGUCGUGUGAAUAACCAAACAAACAAACGUCACUAGUCUAUUACUUUAUAGUAACAGAGCUGAUACAGUGAUUCAGUGGUAUGUGUUGUGCCCGUGAUGAGAAGAAUAAUAUGGUGAAGAGGAGACGUCAACGUAGAAUCCAAAAAUAAAAAUGAUCAAAUAUGUGUUGAUUAAAAAAGGCUAAAGAAACUUUGCAACAGAAGAAACAAAAAAAAAAGUACAGAUAAUGAUCAAUACAGUAGAGUAGAUUCCGUACUAACCGUGCAUUCCACAGCCUUGCCGUGCUUCACGUGUUUUACUUCUUCCAUCACGAAAACGAUCCCUGCCCAACUCUCAUUAUCCAACACUUAUAUUUCUAGAUGCUUCUAGAAGUACUAAAAUGACACGAUGUGUUUGUGUCUCGCUGAAACGUGUACAUCACGCUAAGGUUUUGAGACAUAUACAGUAUAUAGUAAACUAUUAUGACUAAGCUCUACACAAUCACUACACACAAUUUACUCGAGGAGAAAAUAUAUUAGAUUAUCCUUUUCUUUCUUAGUUUCCUCAGGUACUUAGAUUAUCCUUUUCUUUCUUAGUUUCCUCAGGUACCAUACUUGCGGUACUUGUUGUUUAUGUAUGUUGUGAAUUCGUACAUCUGUAAACUUGGAGAAAAUUAACACAACUUCGGUGAGGAAGCUAGAAGAAGAAUUUGUGGCGAAAAAUAUCAACGAGCGAUUCAAAUAAACUAAGGGCUUUUAAGGUCCAACUAUUAGAAGUUUAAUGGGCUGGAUGGUUAAAACAUACAAGACUCGAUUUGAACAGACCAUUGAAGUUCAUCAAUAGAGGAAAUACAAUCUACUUCUCAUGGGAGACCAGUUUUUCACUCUCAAUAUAGAACACUUUGGAUGCAAGGGGUGAUGAAUAACAAUUUCUAUCAUAUGCUUCUCCUCUAUCCUUUUGAAAAGUAACAAUUUUAACUAAGCUAAAUUUUCAGUUGAUAGGUGAAACUUAAGUAAAAUUUAGACCAUUUGCACCUGAUGCCUCAUUUUCAAACACGUCUAUCUCUUCAAAGGACAAAGCCCAACAAUGGUCUGGGCCAUAUAUAUAUCUCUUCGUUUUUCCGUUUUCUAGUUCUCACAGUCAAGGGUUGUU